AUGGAUCACCUGCUGAUGGUGUUGCUGUUGCUGUGCAGCUCAGGACUCCAGGCUGAAGAUGAUCACCAACCAGCAGAAGAGGAGGAGUUCAGGUUGGUGGGAGGAGCCAGUCGCUGUGCAGGUACACUGGAGGUGAAACACGGAGAAUGGAGACAAGUGAGUUCCUCUUUCUGGACCCUGAAGGUAGCAGAUGUAAUAUGUAGAUAUUUGGACUGUGGCUCUGCUGUUUCAACAAGAAGCAGAAAUGAAGACUCAGACAGAUCUGUAUGGGAGAUCAACUCUGACUGUCUUCGGUCUGGAUCUGCACUGAGGGACUGUGUAUCAUCAGAUUCUUCUUCCUCCAUCCUGGAGCUCACCUGUUCAGACUCUGUCAGGCUGGUGAAUGGGACUAGUCUGUGUUCAGGCAGACUGGAGGUGAAGUCUGAGCAGUCGUGGUCCUCAGUGUGUGAAGCUGACUUUGACCAGCAGGAUGCAGAGGUGGUCUGUAGGGAGCUUGGCUGUGGGGCUCCUUCAGUCCUCCAGGGGGCGCUCUAUGGAGAAGUGGAGGCUCCAAUGUGGACCAAAGAGUUCCAGUGUGGAGGCAAUGAGUCUGCUCUCCUGGACUGUAGAAGAUCAGACUCAGCUAGAAGAACCUGCUCACCUGGUAAAGCUGUUGGACUCACCUGCUCAGAGCCUGUCAGGUUGGUGGGAGGAGCCAGUCGCUGUGCAGGUACACCGGAGCUGAAACAGGGAGAGUGGAGACCAGUGAGUUACUAUGGCUGGACCCUGAAGGAUGCAGAUGUAAUGUGUAGAUAUUUGGACUGUGGCUCUGCUGUUUCAAAAAGAAGAAGAUAUGAAGCCUCAUACAGAUCUGUAUGGGAGAUCAGAUCUGACUGUCUUCAGUCUGGAUCUGCACUGAGGGACUGUGUAUAUUCAUCAUCAUCACAUUCCUUUCCCUCCAUCGUGGAGCUCACCUGCUCAGACUCUGUCAGGCUGGUGAAUGGGACUAGUCUGUGUUCAGGCAGACUGGAGGUGAAGUCUGAGCAGUCGUGGUCCUCAGUGUGUGAAGCUGACUUUGACCAGCAGGAUGCAGAGGUGGUCUGUAGGGAGCUUGGCUGUGGGGCUCCUUCAGUCCUCCAGGGGGCGCUCUAUGGAGAAGUGGAGGCUCCAAUGUGGACCAAAGAGUUCCAGUGUGGAGGCAAUGAGUCUGCUCUCCUGGACUGUAGAAGAUCAGACUCAGCUAGAAGAACCUGCUCACCUGGUAAAGCUGUUGGACUCACCUGCUCAGAGCCUGUCAGGUUGGUGGGAGGAGCUAGUCGCUGUGCAGGUACACUGGAGGUGAAACAGGGAGAGUGGAGACCAGUGGCUGACUCUAACUGGUACUGGAGUUACUCUGACUGGACCCUGAAAAAUACAGAUAUAAUAUGUAUAUAUUUGGACUGUGGCUCUGCUGUUUCAAUAACAAGCAGAGGUGGCUCACAUAGAUCUGGAGGGAUGAUCAGUUCUGACUGUGUUCAGUCUGGAUCUGAUCUGAGGGACUGUGUAUCAUCAUCACAUUACUCUUCCUCCAUCCUGGAGCUCACCUGCUCAGACUCUGUCAGGCUGGUGAAUGGGACUAGUCUGUGUUCAGGCAGACUGGAGGUGAAGUCUGAGCAGUCGUGGUCCUCAGUGUGUGAAGCUGACUUUGACCAGCAGGAUGCAGAGGUGGUCUGUAGGGAGCUUGACUGUGGGGCUCCUUCAGUCCUCCAGGGGUCGCUCUAUGGAGAAGUGGAGGCUCCAAUGUGGACCAAAGAGUUCCUGUGUGGAGGCAAUGAGUCUGCUCUCCUGGACUGUAGAAGAUCAGACUCAGCUAGAAGAACCUGCUCACCUGGUAAAGCUGUUGGACUCACCUGCUCAGAGCCUGUCAGGUUGGUGGGAGGAGCCAGUCGCUGUGCAGGUAGACUGGAGGUGAAACAGGGAGAGUGGAGAUCAGUGACUGACUCUGACUGGACCGUGAGUGACUCUGAUUGGUCCCUGAAGGAAGCAGAUGUAAUAUGUAGAUAUUUGGACUGUGGCUCUGCUGUUUCAACAACAAGCAGAAAUGAAGGCUCAGACAGAUCUGUAUGGAGGAUCAGAUCUGACUGUCUUCAGUCUGGAUCUGCACUGAGGGAAUGUGUAUCAUCAGGUUCUUCUUCCUCCAUCGUGGAGCUCACCUGCUCAGACUCUGUCAGGCUGGUGAAUGGGACUAGUCAGUGUUCAGGCAGACUGGAGGUGAAGUCUGAGCAGUCGUGGUCCUCAGUGUGUGAAGCUGACUUUGACCAGCAGGAUGCAGAGGUGGUCUGUAGGGAGCUUGGCUGUGGGGCUCCUUCAGUCCUCCAGGGGGCGCUCUAUGGAGAAGUGGAGGCUCCAAUGUGGACCAAAGAGUUCCAGUGUGGAGGCAAUGAGUCUGCUCUCCUGGACUGUAGAAGAUCAGACUCAGCUAGAAGAACCUGCUCACCUGGUAAAGCUGUUGGACUCACCUGCUCAGAGCCUGUCAGGUUGGUGGGAGGAGCCAGUCGCUGUGCAGGUAGACUGGAGGUAAAACAGGGAGAGUGGAGACCAGUGAGUGACUCUGACUGGACCAUGAAGGAAGCAGCUAUAAUAUGUAGAUAUUUGGACUGUGGCUCUGCUGUAUCAACAAGAAGUAGAAAUGAAGCCUCAGACAGAUCUGUAUGGAGGAUCAGAUCUGAAUGUCUUCAGUCUGGAUCUGCACUGAGGGGCUGUAUAUCAUCAUCAGAUUACUAUUCCUCCAUCGUGCAGCUCACGUGCUCAGACCUGCUGCUUCAGCCAAUCAUCUCUGUGUCUCCUACCAUGGACGGGGUCUCCGGGGCCCAGCAGCAGGGGUUUCAGGUGCUCCAGGGCUCCAGCUUCACCAUCAGCUGCUCCGUCCAGCCUCAGUACCCAGGAGGCUCCUUCCAGCUCACCUUCAGCUCCUCCAACACAGCAUACAACUACACCCAGCCAGCUGUCAAUCACUCUGCUGACUUCCUGUUUCCUGCUGCAGACCCCGCCCACCAAGGAAACUACAGCUGUGUUUAUGGCGUCUAUGUUUUUUCUCAUAACUUCUCCUCUGAGAGCCGUCUGCUCUCUCUCACUGUCACAGAUCCAGAUAAGAAACCUUACAGAACAGUUCUUAUCAUCACACUGGUCGUCCUGCUGGUCGUCCUGCCGUUGGUCGUAGCUGCCGUCUAUUUCAUCCUGAAGGCCAGCAGGGGGCAGAAGUCAGACCCACCGGAGAACACUGAGCUGGAUUAUUAUAAUCCCAGUGUUUCCAGAGCUGAAGAAGAGCCGGCUGAAGAGGAAGGAGCUCAGGGAGCAGACCCUGGUCUGGUCCUAGACCCUGGUCCUGGUCUGGUCCUAGACCCUGACCCUGGUCUGGUCCUAGACCCUGACCCUGGUCUGGUCCUAGACCCUGGCCCUGGUCUGGUCCUAGACCCUGACCCUGGUCUGGUCCUAGACCCUGGCCCUGGUCUGGUCCUAGACCCUGGCCCUGGUCUGGUCCUAGACCCUGGCCCUGGUCUGGUCCUAGACCCUGGCCCUGGUCUGGUCCUAGACCCUGACCCUGGUCUGGUCCUAGACCCUGACCCUGGUCCUGACCCUGGUCCUGGUCUGGUCCUAGACCCUGGUCCUGGUCUGGUCCUAGACCCUGACCCUGGUCUGGUCCUAGACCCUGGUCCUGGUCUGGUCCUAGACCCUGACCCUGGUCUGGUCCUAGACCCUGACCCUGGUCUGGUCCUAGACCCUGACCCUGGUCUGGUCCUAGACCCUGACCCUGGUCCUGGUUCAGACAUGAGGUUCUCCUCAUCAGUGCCCACUAGCUCAUCCUCACUCUCCUCUGACCCUGACCCUGGUCCUGGUCCUGGUCUAGACCCUGACCCUGGUCCUGGUCUUAGCGAUUUUCUCCAUGACGACGGAGCGGACCUUAUCGUGACCUUUGACCUCGUCAUCAUCAGAUCGGAGUGGACACUUUAA